AUCCGACAGUGAUUAUAGAAAUUUAAUGAUUCUGAUUGGGAGUAGUGGCUGAUUGAAGCCAUUUUUAUAAAAUCCUACGAAUUGCAUCCGAUGUUCACUUUCUCAAAAUUUGACGACAUUGUUAGCCUUUUUGCUAUUCGUUCUUAUUUAUUCCUAUGAGCGUGUAAAUCUUUUUGAGAAUACCUGGCAACCUUGGGCAUAACGCUUCGAGACCCGUAACGUCAACGAAUAAAACAAUCAAAUUUGGCCAAAUCAAGAAAGAGAAGUGGAAUCAAAACAAUUGACAUCUGCUGAAUAUCGAAAACGCGUAGCGAUACACACUAGACACUACUACUGAUUGUGAAAAUGGUUUACAUUCAUUUUCCAUCGAACUUAACCGAGGAAGAACUGAUGCUGCAAGCCAAAUAUGCAAAGCUUAGAAAGAAGAAAAAAGCACUCCAAGCACUCAAGGCGCCGAAACAGGAACCGGAAAAGAAUCUGUUGCCUAAACGCCCAACCGAUGCACGAGAUGCGCGUGAGGUGGCUCGAAAGCUGCUGAAAAGCGGCGCCAUACAAGCCAUACAGAAACCACAGCCCAAACAGGAAGGUUCGUUUAAGCGACCUAAAGGACAGGAGCGAAAACGAACUCAACCGGAAAUGUCACCAGCCGGUCAGUAUCAAUCGUUCGGUGCAUCUACAGAGUAUGAAAGCGCCAGCUCGACUGCUUCAACGUCCAGUGUAGUGGGCACACCUACCAUACCGGUCGAAAGGCCCAACAGUCCGGUGGAGAAAGAAACCAGCCGCGUACAGAACCUCUACCAGCAGUUUGCAAAUGAACGUGAUAAGGUGGACGAUCAGGUGGACAAAUCGAAGCCGGGCGUCGAUGCAUCGAAAGACAAACCGCGAUCCGGUAAUACCGUGUACGUUUCCGGCAACAAGGUGACGGAGAACUUUCUCAAGAAGCACUUUAGCGAUUUUGGCGAAAUUCUCAACAUUUCGAUGGAGAUCGAGAAGGGGCGAGGUUUUAUCACGUUCUCCAAGACGGAAUCUGCCGACAAAGCGAUCAGCGACCUUCACUCUAAGACGGUCGGUGGUAUACAGCUGCAGGUGCAAUUAGCACGCCGUCAGCCACAGAUCAAUCCCAUCAACGAUGCUGGCUCUUCGGCUGUAUGGUCCGCACUUGCCACGAACCGGUCGCAAAAGGGAAAGCAUAAGGAUAACCGGGAGCUGGUUUGCUAUGAUCAUGAUGAUAUAUUUUAGGAAGCGCAUUCGUGACGAACACGAAUUAUGGCACAGACUUUAUGUAUGCUAAUGGUAUAGUUUUAAGAGCAUCUAAAAUAAAUUUCGAUCUUAUUUUUCACUCCUA